ACAGCUUUCUGUCCCAACUGCACUGCUGGCUGGCUGUGUGUGUGUGUCUAUAGCCCCGCUCUCCCUGGCUGUCACAUACACACACACACACACACACACACGCUCCCUUCACGUCUACACACACUCGCAGAGCCGAUCAGAGCAGGCAGCGCAGAACCUGGUAAUUGUGUUGCUCCCUCCAAGUGCAAGGAAGGACGGAGAGAGUGAGGAGGACAGGAGGAAGAAGAGGAGGGGAAAGAGGAAACAUAUCAAAACUUUGCUUUUUUUAAAUUCUUUUUCAUGCUUUUUUGCUGUUUCCACGAAGGAGGGUGACGUGACAAUGACCCGGUACCGCUGAUGGAGUCGGUAGGACACCCGUUAUCCGAGUGUUUUUUAAUGCACUCUGAACAAGAGUAGAAUGAACUUAUCGAAGGGGCCACUGGUGAACAGCAGCAGCGAAGAUAACUCCAAGUCGACAUAUGUUAAAUGCGGCGCUGGCGCCUGGAGGAUGCACCAGAGCUACGAUUCACUAGAAGCCAACCACAUGAGAGACCCACAUGCCCUCUACAACCCCAGGCUUCUCUGCAGAAUGUCCAGUAAGGAGCGCCACCUUGAGUCCAAUUGUCCGUCAUCUUAUAUAAAGACUGAACCAUCGAGUCCUGCCUCUCUGACUGACAGUCUAAACCAUCACUCCCCUGGUGGCUCCAGUGACGCCUCAGGCUCGUACUCAUCCACUAUGAACGGCCACCCCAAUGGCUUAGAUUCCCCAAGCCUUUACGGCUCCAAUGCAGGACCCCUGGGACCCGCUGGAGGCCCAGGAUCGAAACGUUACGAGGACUGCUCUUCAACUAUCGGGGAAGAUUCGCAAAUUAAGUGCGAGUACAUGUUAAAUUCGAUGCCGAAGAGGUUGUGUCUGGUGUGCGGGGACAUCGCGUCAGGGUAUCACUAUGGAGUUGCAUCAUGCGAGGCCUGCAAGGCCUUUUUCAAGCGCACCAUUCAAGGCAACAUUGAGUACAGCUGUCCAGCCACCAAUGAGUGUGAGAUCACCAAGAGGAGACGCAAAUCGUGCCAGGCGUGCCGCUUUAUGAAGUGUCUGACCGUUGGCAUGCUGAGAGAGGGUAAGGGAAAAGGGGUUCGUCUUGACAGGGUUCGUGGUGGGAGACAGAAAUAUAAACGCCGGAUAGAUGCAGACAACAGUCCGUACCUGAACCCACAACUGGCUUUGCCCCCCAAGAAGCCAUUUGCCUUUGGCUGCCUUGCAGAUAACAAAAUCGUCUCUCACCUGCUGGUGGCCGAGCCAGAGAAGAUUUAUGCCAUGCCUGACCCGACAGUACCAGACAGUGACAUCAAGGCCCUGACUACGCUUUGUGACCUGGCAGACAGAGAGCUGGUGGUCAACAUCGGCUGGGCCAAACAUAUCCCAGGUUUCUCCACGCUGUCUUUGGCAGACCAGAUGAGUCUACUGCAGAGUGCAUGGAUGGAGAUUUUAAUUCUGCGCGUUGUUUACCGCUCCCUGUCUUUUGAAGACAAGCUGGUAUAUGCUGAAGAUUACAUCAUGGAUGAGGACCAGUCAAAGCUAGCUGGACUUCUGGACCUGAACAACGCCAUCCUUCAGCUGGUCAAGAAAUACAAAGCUAUGAAGCUGGAGAAGGAGGAAUUUGUCACUCUAAAGGCCAUCGCUUUGGCUAACUCAGACUCCAUGCAUAUCGAGGACGUGGAUGCAGUGCAGAAGCUCCAGGAUGUGCUGCACGAGGCCCUGCAGGACUAUGAGGCUUCCCAGCACCAGGAGGACCCCCGUCGGGCUGGCAAGCUGCUCAUGACCCUCCCCCUGCUCCGUCAGACCUCCACCAAGGCUGUGCAGCACUUCUACAGCAUCAAGCAGGAUGGAAAAGUCCCAAUGCACAAACUCUUCCUGGAGCUGCUGGAAGCCAAGGUCUGAGGAUGGGGAGGAGAUGGAAGGACAGACAGAUGCCCGCCUCAGUCGCCUGAGCUUCAUCUCAAACUUUGAUCCACAACUUGAAUGACCUCUUGCUCUUUUACACACAGACGCUCCUACACACUUUAAAGCAUACACACACACACACACUGGAAAUGAUCUCAAUCUUAGACUUGAACCCUAAACCAACAGUUGUUGACUAAAGGGAGCUCAUCGGAGUCUGUUUGUGGGGAAGAUGCAGACAGCUGGACUUCUAACCCUUCCCCUCUGACAAAUUGAAGAAAACAUUUUAAAUCAGUUACGUAACACUUACAUAACUACACACAGUGACUUUAACCUAGAUAACAACAAAACACUUAUGCAUUGAGUAACAAUACCAAUUAAGAUGUUAAUAAUGACAAACAAUAAAUAAGAACAAAUUUAAAAGAUGUUAAGUAUUGUACAUUUUAGUUUGGAAAGACUGUAAGACUGCACUUGAGUCUCCUCCCCCCCGUCCUCGUGUUUCACCUAAGAGAUUUUUUUCUAAAUGUUCAAGAAGAAAACGAGUGAAGGAAAAGAAGUGAACACUUUAAAAAAAGGUAUUAAUGACAUUUGUUGUCAGUGUACAGGUCCAGUCAGUUUUGGAUGGAUAAACAGGAAGAAAAGAAGAGGAGAUCUGCCCUGCCAAAGAAUGGAAUCGUCCAUUCAGAGGAUGCCAGCAACUUUUACUAUCACAACUCAAACUCUGCCUGGUUUUUAAGUGGGUUUUCAAUCCUGGGCCUCAGGAGUAACGCUGGUUCUUUAAUAACGGUCAUUUCAAAUUUCUGUGGUGGUUCUGAAAACCAACUGGGUUCAGAGUUUGUGGGACAAGGAACAGAAGCAACUGCUUUAGACAAUUUCUGGUUCUCUCUGAAUUCUGCUUUGAUUCCAGUCACCCUUCUACUCCAACGACACCAUAACCAUCUCUCGCACUCGCUGAAGACAAAUGUUGCAGGCCUCCCAGAAUUGUCAGUAUUCCUAUUGUAACAGUGUUUGUGCACUCGAUGAAGCUGAAAAUGAUUUGAAUAAGGAUGAGCUCAUGCUCAAGAGUGAGUUAGCAUCCAAGCCCACGAGGUAUGACUCCUGAUGGAUAUUUAUCUAUAGAUGGUACAAAUUAAUGAAAAAGUAAAUUGACUUUGUCAAUAGUCAAAAAUACAUUCCGGUAAGGUUUAACAGUUGUUGAAUUAUAUUCUGUCAAUCACUCCUCUUGGGUUUAGGUGCCUGUUUGAAACAUUUUUAGCUCAUUACCAACCCUAACUGCAGCUCUUCACAAACCAGUCAGUUGCCGUUUCACUCAAUGUGCCAUUAGGUCACACCACAGUGCUCUGAUCCUGUGGCGUUCACAACUUCCAGCUCAUCCCUUGCAUCAGUCCAGAGAUUUCUUUGUGACUUUUUCAGGGAAUAAGCUUCAGCUACUCAACAAAGUACAAAUUAGAAGGUAAGGUUUGCUGAUAAAACUGACUAAAAACAACUAUUGUUGCUUUAAACAUCCUCCCUUUUGUUAUGUUUUUUUAUUUUUAACUUAAAAAAUAAUCUUAGAAAUGAUACCAAUAUAAGGGUUGUAAAUAUUUUUCAUCCUGUAUAUGACAUAUAACGCAACUUUGUUUGGAUCUUAAGAUUGUCUUCUUAAAACUGAAUCAAUCAAUAUGUCUUUCUUUUUUUAUCGAUCUGAUCACUUUCAGCAAUUAUAUAUAUAAAACAAUAUAACAAGUAAUAUUGUAUUAACAAAUCAGUUUAUCCUAGAAAUUCUGAGUAAUAGUGGGUUUUAUGGAGGGAUGUGUGCAUAUGGACAAAACCUGCAAUAUUAACAUUUUAUGCCAUGCUUCAGUUUGGCUACUUGGGGAUGAGGGUUUGGAGAAGAAUCGGUUUGCGUUUUUCUGUGUAACUUGUCCAAAGCUGAUAGAUAAAAGUCAACAUUUCAUCUGUUAGUCAGAAAACGUGUGGACCAGAGUUAGCCGUGACGGCGGCUUUCCUCCAAAAGUUGUUAGGUCGAUGGCUUGCAGAGUAUCCAGCGCAAAGUUACAAUGAGAACUUUUCCUGGUUCAUUUAAUCAGAAUAACACAAGACUUUGCUUCAAACCAGAAAACAAAUAGUGGCCACAUUUUGUCCUAUUUUGAUGUGCAGUAAGUUGCACAUGUCAGCCAUGUGACUUAAAAUAGGGACCAUCUAGAUUUAUUCAAGAGGGAAAUGGUUCGAGAAGAAAAUAUCAAAGUGAAAAACUGUCAGCUUCCUUUAAGCCAGCCACCAUGGACUGUUUAAAGCCACUUAAAGUAGCCACACAAAUGGGUUCUGAACUUAGUUUUGUUUUGAAGCUUCAGGCCGGUAGCUGGCAUCAUCAGAGCGUUUAACUGGGAGCUGUGAAAACUUGCGCAAAAAAAAGCAACACAGAAAAUCAUCUAAAAAGAGUAAAAAUAAAGCAAAACUAACAGAUGAAACAGAAUUAUGGGAUGUAUCAAAUGUACUUUUUAAUGUUUUUAUUUAUUUAGUUAUUUAUUUAUUUAUUUAAAUAAAUGUGCCUCCUAUUGUGCUUUCAACCUAAUUAGACCUAAUUAGCCUUCGUUGUCAUUUAAAUCUGUAACAUCAGCGUCCAUAUAAACUGAACCAUUAAAGACGUUCAGAUAAGUAAUUUAAGAUGUGACUUUAACUACGUUAAACUGUAGCUUUAACUGAUUUAAAAUUAAGAUUUUACCACAGUGAUAUUAAAGUCUUUUGACCGUGAGUUGUUUAAAUUCACAGUUUUUGUUUCUUGAAACAGUUAAUGAAAAAGCUGAGCUGAUAGAAAGUCAUGUUACCUUUUUCCCCCCAUGAGAUGGAGCAACGUUUAAUGCCGUUGGUGCAACAGAACGCUAAACAAUCACAGCUUUAACAGGUAGAACAGUUGAGGGAUCACCUAAUUUCUUUUUUUCUUUACGCAGUUUUAAUUCUGAAAUAAGAAUGCCAAAAUAUGUUAUCUAGACAAUGGUGUAAUGUAAUGUAAAAUAGCAACUGUUCACUGCUGAGGAGUGCAGCAGAUUAAAUGUAGUUAAUCUCUAGCAUCACAUAUUCUGUGUCAACCAUCAGUAUUGUUAAUAAGGGGGUAUUUUCUUUGCCUUCUUUAACCCUGUAUAUUGUAAAUGAUACAGAAUAUAAUUCUAACGUUAUACAUUUUAUUGUUAAAAAAACAAGAAAAAAUGUAGUUCAGCUUGUGUGUUUCAUGUUUGCUGUUUUGUUUUGUCAAAGUAAAAAAAAUUUUUAUUUAAUUUCAUCAGUUCAUGUUCUAAAUCCUUUUUAAUUAAUUUAUUUUGGUUUGUUUGAUCCGUUCCUCUGUUCCUCCUUGAAGGCGUUGCUGUGUACUUUUUCUUGUGGUGAUUGCUGUCUUUGUGCUGUGUGCUUCUUCUGUAGACAUCAGAGUAGAGUAGAGGCCAUGUUGUCUGUCUGUCUGUCUGUCUGUCAGACCACUCUAUUAGGGGCACCCGAUUCUCUCAAAAUCAACCAAACCUUAUUUUAAGACCAGGAUCAAACUGCAGCAUCCAUCUCCACCAAGCUCAACAUCAUUUAACAUUAAGCACCUAAAUGAAGACACACCUUAAAAGCUGCUUAAACAAGGAUUAUUUGUGUAACUGCCCUAUAGAAUAAAUAAUGUACUGUAUAUCUUUAGGUUUAAAAAAGCUGAAAUUAAAAAAGUACAUUUGAAUAUUUCAAACAGUAUGUAAUUUUUUUUAUAAAUUCACUGUACAUAUCUGUCCUCCAUACAGCUCAGCUCAGUUGUUGCAUUUACAGUUUCAAAAAAGCCACUAUACAAGAUAUUAAGCUUUCAUGGUUUAGCCUAUUUUUUAGAAGAUGUCUCUUACAAAAGGUGAAACAUGGUCAGUGGGAAAACAUUUCUUUACAUCCUUUAUUCAUGUUAUUGUGGCGAUGUAAGCUCAAACCAUCUAAGACUUUGAGAACUUAUGUUAAUAUGUGCUUUUUUAGGGCUAAAUAGACAAAAACGAAUACAGGAUAAUUGUAGGUUAAGUUGCAAAUGUAUUUAUUUUUUUUUUUUUUACUUUUAUUUAAUUUAAAACACUCCCCUUAUCAGUCAAGCUCCAUUUAGUUUGGAUCACUGUUAUAAUUUUAUUAUUCCAAACAUACAGUAAUUUAUACCAGAAAAGGUGCUUUCUUUUUACUGUUGUUUGACCUUUAUUACUGUUUUUAUUUAUUGUUAAUUAUCAAACUGUCCAUGUGGACUUGCGACGCAUCUAAAAUCGUAUCAUGUUGCAUAUUUGUUCAAGGUGAAGAGCACUGAGCUGAAUGAGGUUGAUCGUCACACUUGAAACUGAAAAUGGUGCCCCUUUGUUUUGCUGACUGAAGCUGCUUUUAAAUGACUUAAAAAAAACGUGCACCAUUGUUCAUCAUUAGAAAUAGGUUUAAGACUGUAUGAUAUUAAGGCAAAAGUUGCACUUUUUUGUGUUGGGUUCAAUACACUGAUGUAUCUAGUGAAAUUCUGCAGUUUGGAUUGAAACCAAUCAAAUAUAAAAACCAGAAUUCUUAUUUCCAUCAGGAGCAGUGGAAGACAGACUAGUUGUUUGCUGAGCCUUAGAGACAGGGAUUCUGAACUGUUUGCACUUUGGGCAUCAUGUUGUUGCCCUUAUUUUAGGCUUAGAUCCAUUAGCUGCAAACAUGGCAUGUUUUAUUUUAGUUUCUCUGGAGCAGAAGGAAAAGAUUUGAGCCAUAGUGACAGAGCAGAACUGACCAUCUUCCAGAGCUCCCCCUGAAAACUGGCUAAGACCAAACCUUAUGGAGCUCUACGAUGACUUGUCAUUCAGUUUUAUUUAACCCCCAAAUGUAAUGGCCGCUUGUGCUGCAGCCUAUCUCCAGUCUGAAUCUGCAAGUAUAUAAAAAUAUUAAAAGGGAAAGAGAAACUUUGGGAACACUGGGAUAAAGUGGAUAUUCAAGGAUGAAAAGGGGGUGGAGAAGAGCUGCUGAUGAGUGAAUACCUUGUAGUAUUACUGAAAACAUGUUCGUAGAUUUUAGAUGUGCUUCACAUCAGUAAAUAAAAAAAGAAACAAUAACCUGUAUAUUUUUGUGACGUGUAUCAUACAAGUGUGCUCCAACAAUACUGUCCAUUUGUGUAAAUGUAUUUAUUUCACAUUGUAUAUAUUGUUCAUGCAAAAAGAGAGACCUAUGAUUCUGUAACUUAUACUACUAUGGGUUGAAACAUUACAUGUGUUACUCCAAACUAUGCCUUUCAGGAUUAUUACAGUAGAGCAAUAUCAAUUAAAACCAGGCUUCCAGUUUUGAAA